CCGGCGAUUCGGAGCCCCGCGAAGUGUUUCGACCAGCGGUCGCGAGUGGGAGCCGGAGCCGCAGCCGCCCGUGGGCAGGGAGCAUCCCGCCGCCGCUAUGUCCCACUCGGUGGCCCUGCGCGGUCCUUCGCCGUGGGGUUUUCGCUUGGUGGGCGGUAAAGACUUCAGCGCCCCGUUAACCAUCUCCAGGAUUAACCCUGGCAGUAAAGCAGCCAUGGCAAACCUGUGCCCAGGAGAUAUUAUUCUGGCAAUUAAUGGAGAGAGCACGGAGAACAUGACACACCUAGAAGCACAAAACAAGAUCAAAGCGUGCACGGACCAGCUAUUGCUCUCUGUGAACAGAGCUGAAGGGAAGACCUGGUCACCCCCUGUUCUGGAAGACGGCAAGGCCCAAGCCUACCGGAUCAACAUAGAGCCGGAACCGCAGGACAAUGGGCCUGCCCAGAGCAGGAGGCCGAUGCCCCACGGGGCUGGUGGCAGCCCCAUGGACAACAAGCAGAUGUUGAACGUGCAGCACCACCACCCGACCCGGCUCUACGCUAACAGCGGCUCCGAGUCGGCUCUGCCGGGCCAGCUGAGUGGGCUCCACAUCACCCCUGCCCAGAGCCUCGACCCCUUGAAGUCUCUCCCACGGAACAGAAAUGGGAUUGAUGUGGAGUCGGAUGUCUACAAGAUGCUUCAGGAUUACGAAAAGCCUGUUUCGGAGCCGAAGCAGUCUGGAUCUUUCCGAUACUUGCAGGGCAUGUUGGAGGCUGGAGAGAACGGUGAAAAACUCGACAAACUGAGCAACCCCCGAAACAUCAAGUCCCCAGUGUCAAAGCUUGGCGGUGCCAUGUCCGGGCUGCAGAUGCUCCCUGAGUGCACCCGCUGCGGGAACGGGAUCGUGGGCACUAUCGUCAAAGCUCGGGACAAGCUUUACCACCCCGAGUGCUUCAUGUGCGACGACUGUGGCCUCAACCUGAAGCAGAGAGGAUAUUUCUUCAUCGAAGAGCAGCUGUACUGCGAGACGCACGCGAAGGAGAGGGUUAAGCCCCCCGAGGGAUAUGACGUGGUGGCUGUUUAUCCAAACGCUAAAGUUGAACUUGUCUAAACCCAGACUGUGCUCUGGAGAGGUCGGGCGGCCGCGCGCCCACCCACGUCCUCCCCGCCGGCUGCGCAAUGUGGCUGUAAUCAACCCCGAUUACCAAAGCCCAAGUUAAAAUGCCUUUUCCUAGAUAAAACCGUUUACACUUGGGAUCUCCAGGGGGUGGUGUUGAAAGCAUACGAACAGGUUUUUCCCUUCUUUUUGACACUCUGCUUUUUGGGUUGCUGUGUUGGGUUAUUAGUCUGUGCCAUAACCUUAUCCAAGAUUUGUGUAAAUAUUGAUUAAUUCUCUACUCUGUGUUAUAUAAAACCAGUAUUCCUUUUUUUUUUUUUUUUGCCCCCCCUCUUCUGAAAAAGCAAGGAAGAUGUUUUUAAAGCUCAAAGAAAAAAAAAGGCACUUUAACAGAAGAAGCUGACUCCUAUAUCCUGACCUUAAUCUUCUGCCCUCCAGCUGCCCCAGUGAUUAAACACCCCUCCUCAAGGAGUCUGGGAUGUGGGACCAGUGGGUGGGGGUCCCUGGCUUAGCCCCAUCCCAGCAGAUGUGCUGAGGAAGGGUGGUCUCUUAAAACAGCGAUUCCUGUGAAAUCCCCCGGAACGGGGCACUGCAACUUGAGGCUGACACAGACCGAUCCGAGUUCCCUGAGAUCUCCCCAUCCUGAGCGUGUGAGGAGGCUUCUUUCUUCCUUCUUUCCCUCCUAAUUCAGUUGCUCUCUGUAUCUAACCACCCGAGCACACCUUUAAAGGGCACUGAAUUAGCGGGGAGCCCAGCUCAGCUAUCCCCACCUCCUGUGCUCCUGCCCCACGGCUGCCCUUGCUUUGGCUGUUCUGACUCUUCCCCAGCUUUUGCUAGUUUUUCAUAGUCCUUUAUUUCUAGAUCCCCAGACUGCUCCCAUCCGGGCCUGCCUCGCAGCGGGGAGGUGGUGAUGAAAUCCCUCCGGGCACGUAGGAAGUAACUGGGGCGGCGGCGAGCCCAGCUGUGAGCCCCGAGUCCAGAGGCAGAGGGUUCGGAUUUAUACCUGUAUCCCAAGGCUGCGCUUUCAGCCAGGUCUGUCACCCACUUUAUUUGGCAAGGAAAAAUUUUUGAGGAUCUUGGGAUGUUGCUUUGUUGGAGAAAUGGGGUUUUUUUUUCAUGUUAGUGUUUGGCAGAGAGAAAUAGAGUUCAGUCACCCAGCUGCUGGGUGCCACCGCGCGUGGUGGUAGGAGCCGUGUGUUUGGUACCACAAGGUUACUUCUGAUUUGUGACAGCCGCUUUCCUCCUCCUCAGCUGAGAGAGGGAGGACGUGGGGGACAAAAAGAAAUGUCUGUGCUCACUUCCCUUCCAUGGAAAAGGAAAAUAAGAGAUGGGGCAGUAGCUAAAGCACUCGUUCCCCUUCUGGCUCUCCAUAACAGGGGUCUGAGAAAUCUGGGACUGGAGGAGGGUCGAGAGCGUUAUCCCAGGCAUGCAACUUCUUCCUACAGGUUCUGCACCCCAGAGGGACUAAGGAUUUUAGGGUGUUAGAGGGCCACAUUUAGACCUUUUCUUGUGGUGCCUUACAGGGAUUUCAGCAGCUCCUGCCCCGUGCCCAGCAGCCUCCCGGCAGGGCUGGGCUGCCCUAGCGCGCAUCCCGGCUGGGCACCGCCUCGCAGCCGAGGGACGCUGGCCCCGCGCGUUCCUGCUAGCGGCAGAACAACCACCUCCCCCACCCUCGGCCAUCAGGAUUUUUAAUGAUUAAAGUACAAGAAACGUGUGAAAAAUUUUAUCACGGCGCUGAGCCUUGUUUUUUCUCGUGUUUGCAUAGCCUUGCUCAGUAGGUUGGACCAGCUGAAGGGAAAUACUUGGGGCAAGGGUAAAUGAUGAGGAGGCUAACAACAACCAGGUGCAAAGCGUAACUGCCCCCUGUUCGCAGGCCUCUGCUUGGAGCUCCUUCGUUUGCCAUCGUCAGAAACAUUUGUUCUGAUUACUCCAUUAACCUCGUGCGUUGCCGGGCCAAGCUCCGCUGCCUGUGGCUUGAAAGUUCAGGCUUCACCCAAAGCCAGGACUGAAUCCAGCUCAGCUGAGCAAUGGAAAUCUCACGACACGAAUGGUUCUGGGGGGCUUUUCCCAUUUUCCAGGGCAGACGGCCACGGCUGCCAGCUGGGGUUGUGUUUCACUCUCUGCAGCUCUUGUCCCCCGUUCGACUCCAUGUGCGCGGCGGUUGUGUCUUGUGGAGGUGCCAGGCUUCCUGCAGCCCUGACACAGGGACCACCUCUUCACCGCCCUCCCUGUGAACACCUGAGUGCGUGGGCUGCUGGCAGGGCAUCCCCGGUGCUCCCCCCUGGCUGCUGCACCAGUACAGCACUGGGAGCACCGGGCAUGGGGCUUUUCUUUUAAUUUAAAACCACGUUCCCACAAAUCAAUUUUUCUGCGCGGUUGUCUCAUGAUACCCUUUCUUGGGAGCAAUCAACUCAUUUGAUCCCCGCUGAGGAGCCUAAAGCUGGAGCUGCCUCACACAACCCCAUCCCGGGGCACGUUGAUUCCUGGCUUCAGGCCACGUCAUUCGCAUUACGGGGUUUGUAGGAGCUGCCUCAAGCGAGCCUGCCGAGUCACCGGUAACGCUAUUUAACCCUGUAAAAUGUGGGGAGGGUGCCGUUUGUAUGAAAUACGAAAUAAAAUUGUACUGUUGGUUUUA